CCUCAGAACUGUCUGUCUUGAAGUUGCAUGGAUUUCUCGUUAUUUGGUGAUUUGGGUAGGUUUUUUUUGUAUUUUCUUCGUAGUUUUUGUCUCUUCGUCGUUGGAGCCUCAGAACUGUCUUGAAGUCGCAUGGAUUUCUCGUUACCUUGGUGAUUCGGUAGGCUCUUCGUUGUUUUUAGUGGUUCAUUCAGAGCUCUUCGUCGUUUUUUUGUGGGUUCUUCCAGUAAAUUCGUCAUUUCUUGGUAUUAAUCUUCGUUGGUUUUCGCUAGAUUUGUCGUCAGUUUUAUUCGGUUCUUCUAUGAAUUCUUUGUUGUUUCUUCCA